AUCCAUUCCCUCUCUCUCUCUCUCUCUCUCUCUCUCUCUUAUUUCGUGUUAAUCCUUUCUCUAGCCCCUCUCUCUCUCUCCUCUCUCUCCUGGGCCAGGCUGCAAGCCUGCAACUCUGGUUGGACGUCAGAACCGCUUCCGGCGGUCCGGCACGUCGCAGUGGCUUCCUCCGUAAAUAACCCGACAACAGGUGCCAUUUCCACUACCCCCUUUGCCCAAGUACGCCCCCUCCUCCCUUGUCUUCUCUGCCCUCCUGCAUUUCCUGCAACCACCGUCUCUCUCUCUCUCUCUCUCUCUCUCUCUCUCUCUCGCUCGCUCCCUGGAGUUCGUAUCAGUUGCGGUGUUCGUUGGCGGUAGAUCGGUGAGUGAGCGCUCGGAAGAUGGGAAAUGCCAACGGGAGAGAGAACGGCGGAGACGAUCCCUCCGGAAGAUCCAACGGCGACCCACCCUACCCUGACAAUCACGCCCCAGACCCAAAUCCCCCGUCUCGCGUCACCUCUUCUGAUUCCAUGGGCAAUACGCCUCCCGAGAGCCCUGGACACUCUCGAUCUCCCGUCAUGUUCGCUCCGCAGCUUCCCAUAGCUCCCUUGCAUAGGGGUGAUGGCCCGCCCUUUAUGAAUCAAAUUUGUCAGACUGAAUCUCAUGGAGGUACUGAUCAUCCUCCUGAACAAGGAAUACCCACAAUGAUCACAUGGAACUAUGGGGGUAAUGAUGUGGCUGUGGAAGGAUCUUGGGACAACUGGGCAUCCAGGAAUAUGCUGCAAAGGUCAGGUAAGGAUCACUCCAUUCUUUUGGUCCUGCCAUCAGGUAUAUACCACUACAAAUUCAUUGUGGAUGGCGAAUGGAGAUAUAUUCCAGAUCUUCCUUUCAUAGCUGAUGAGAUGGGUCGUGUGUGUAAUCUCCUUGAUGUUCAUGAUUAUGUGCCAGAAAACCCAGAGAGUGUGGUAGAGUUUGAGGCUCCAGCAUCACCAGAUUCCAGUUAUGGACGACCUUUUCCCACGGAGGAAGAUUUCGCAAAGGAGCCAGUUGUAGUUCCAUCACAGCUGCAUCUAACUGUUCUUGGUAUGCAAAACUCAGAUAUAGCUUCUUCUUCAAAGCCUCAACAUGUUGUCCUUAACCAUGUUUAUAUCGAGAGAGGAUGGGCGUCUCAGUCUGUGGUUGCCAUGGGUCUGACCCAUAGGUUUCAGUCCAAGUAUGUUACAGUUGUUCUCUAUAAGCCACUUAAAAGGUAGUACCCCUUUAUCCUUCUAUGCUAUGGUCAGUAAAGAAAUGCCCUCUACAUUUCUGAAGGGUAUGUUUGUUAAUAGAACCUUUCGACUCCUUACUCGUGCCCAUGUAUGUCCUGUUGUACCUUGGCCUUUUUCUUUUUUUGGUCACCCCCAUGCAUUUCGGUUUCUUGAAUAUUCAUCUUUUUUUUUUUGACUGAUGGGGUAAAAAAAAGAGUAACUGCACCUUUUUUUAAGGUGAUUUCUUGGUCUGGGUGUUCUGCUGUAAGGCUGCUAUUGUGUUUUUGGUACCAUAAAGGUUAAAUUGUAAAUGGGGGUCCUUCAGUUGCCGUUC